AUGAAUGCACGAUCACAAACAUUUGAAUUUGCAGUCGAAGGUCGACAAAUAGACGAAGUUGUUUCUUGUAUGUUUCAUAGUAUUUUAUUUCAUCGUUGUGUUGGAAAGUAUCAUACAAACGGUGAAGAUAGUUAUUCAGUUGGAACUUUAGGCUAUACUGAUGUCGACUGUGAUUAUAUUGAUUUUACAUAUCUACAAGUAACUAGUCAAGAACUUCAACGUACUGUCGCUGAAAAGAUUAAUCAAUUCCAUGAUAAACUUCGUUCGUCAGAAUCAAAUCGCAGUGGACAGAUUACCCUGGAGUUUUAUCAGAAGAAAAAAUCUCGCUGGAUGUUUAAACCAGAAGAGAUUCCAUGGGAAAUAUGGACUAUUAAAAUUGAACAAAUGCAAUUAUCCAGUGAAAAUGAACGACAAUUUAUGCGUGAAAAACUUUCUGAUUCACUUACAGAACGUAUUUUUCAAAUAACUGAAAUAAUUAAUAAACCUGAUUAUGUACCUAAACCACCUCAUUUAUCUGAACUCGAUUUAGUUUUUGAUACAUCAUAUACUGAUAUUCAACCAUAUUUAUUUAAAAUUCAUUUUAGUGAUUCACCAACCAUUGUCAACCACAUGAAAACAAUGAUUAAAGAAGCAUUCAAUACAUCCCUCUAA